UUGGGCAAAACGAAUGUUGAUGGUACAUUUUAUAGUGUGUCACCAUGGUUCGUACACUACCGGUGGUUUUUGCCACACUGGUGCUUCCAGCGUUAUGGAGCUCUGCCUCCUCCUCCCUGCUGGGCCCGGGCAUAGCGGACACCAAGAUCGAGGACCUAGCUGAAGUGGACGGGAAUGAAUAUUGCCAUUCGUGCGUCAAAAUCGAUAACAUCUGCUACAACCACACCCUGCUGUUCGAGCUCCCCGCCCCCUUCGGCGAACACGCCGUCGUUAAAAGAAUGGGCAUCAUGAAGGCUACUAACGUCCUAUACUACACCUUCGAACCUACGUUCAGUGAUAAAGAAUACUCCAAAGUUGGCUUCGUAUCGUUAUUGUCUCCGAAAAACUCUGGCGUUAUCUCUGGCUGGCAGUCUUUCAACUUUGGUCCCUUUGAUAUAAAUCAAAACGAUAAAAAGGUAUAUCUAGGUGGUUCCGACGGUAUAUGGACUGUUAAUUCUACCAGUCAUAUCCCAUCAUUUUUUGGCGUGAAAGCUAAUCUCAUCACUAACGUUGUUGUAAAGGACUAUGUGUAUUUUAGUAAGUCAGAUCACCAAGGAAUAAUUAAAUAUGUAAACGGUAUAUAUGUCGCAGUAUUAGGAAAUAAAUGGAUAAAUAAUUUUGUUUUGGAUAGAACUUUCGGAUAUAAUAUUGUGUAUUUAAAUGAAACCGGAUUAUAUAUUUCAUUCCAUAGUAAAAACCAGAAUGAUGUAAGAUUGUCAACGGAGCGGUACAUCAGAGGUUUAACUGUCGAUGAGAAAGGAGCAGUAUACGCCUGGCAUGUAGAUGGGAUAUAUAAAGUGACUUUAGGCAACGUUCUUUCCCAGUCUACAUUGAAACGUGUGUCUAAUAUAGCUCCCGAUGCUAUGACAUUUGACCAUUUAAACAACAUUAUAUAUUCGAACAGCAAAACGUUGUACAAGUUGACUAAAGUUGCUACCAAUAAGUGUUGGUAGGUAAUUCCAGUAGAUUACACGUUUCUCUGUAAAAUUACGUGAUCUGCUACUUAAUUUGCUUUGCUUUGCCAUGGCUACCAGAACACAUACAUUUAUAACUAAUUUGAUAAAUUAUUUAUACGCUUGAAAUUGAGUGCCUUAAUUUUUUUUAUUUCUUAUCUUUGUCCUAUCUAUUUUACGAACAUGAAUUUUAAUUUUUUGUUUGCUUACCGUAAUGCUGUACAUAUUGUGCUGUACCUACAUGUUGUUUUGAAAAUAAAUGGACCUUGCUUUUUGCCUUUA